GAUUGAGGUCAAUUUGGGGGCCCUUGGCUGGCUUCGAAUAGACAGGCUCUGCCUCUGCUUCAGCCCCCAGGACCACUGGCUGCCCACAAGAGAUGAAAGAUGGCGUCCAAGGGGGCCGGCAUGGCUUUCUCCCGAAAGAGCUACGGGCUGACCUCAGAUGCUGAGAAAUCUAGGGUCACAGGCAUCGUGCAUGAGAAGCUACUGGACGACUACCUGCACCGCAUCUUUUCCUCUACUGAUCGUGCACCCACGGCAGCCACCAGCAGGAAACUCCUGAACUUCCAGAACCUGCCAGAGCAUCUGGACCAGUUGUUACAUGUGGACGAGGAGGCGGAGGAGGAGGAGGAGAGCCAGGGGCAGGUUGAAGGGCGGCUUGGCCCAUCUACUGUGGUCCUAGACCACACGGGUGGCUUCGAAGGGCUUCUUCUGGUGGAUGAUGACCUCCUGGGGGUGAUUGGACACAGCAACUUUGGUACUAUCCGCUCUACCACAUGCGUGUACAAAGGGAAAUGGGUCUACGAGGUGCUCAUCUCCUCCCAGGGGCUAAUGCAGAUUGGCUGGUGCACGAUCAACUGCCGCUUCAAUCAGGAGGAGGGGGUUGGAGAUACACACAACUCCUAUGCCUACGACGGCAACCGGGUGCGCAAGUGGAACGUGACCACGACGAACUAUGGGAAGGCGUGGGCAGCGGGGGACAUUGUGAGCUGCCUGAUCGACCUGGACGAAGGCACGCUGUCCUUCUGCCUCACUCCUUCGGACCCUCCCUUCUGCUCCAGGAAUGGUGUGUCGCUGGGUACCGCCUUUGAGAACUUAUCCAGGGGCCUGGGUAUGGCCUACUUCCCAGCCAUCAGCCUCUCCUUCAAGGAGUCUGUGGCCUUCAACUUUGGCAGCCGUCCCCUGCGCUACCCAGUGGUGGGCUACCGGCCCCUGCAGGACCCACCAAGCGCCGACCUGGUUCGGGCACAGGAGUUGCUGGGCUGCUUCCAGGCAGUGCUGAGCGUGGAGCUGGACCCCGUGCAGGGGCGGCUAGUGGAGAAGGAAAGCUCUGAGUGGCAGUUGCAAGGCCAGCCCACCGUCCUCCUCACACUGGCUCACAUCUUCCAUCGCUUCGCACCGCUCCUGCGCAAGGUGUACCUGGUGGAGGCCGUGCUCAUGAGCUUCCUGCUGGGCGUCGUGGAGGCGGACACCCCCGCACAGGCGCAGUCUGUGGUGCACCAGGUCCUGGAUCUCCUGUGGCUCUUCAUGGAGGACUAUGAGGUGCAAGAUUGCCUCAAGCAGUUGAUGAUGUCCCUGUUGCGGCUUUACCGGUUCUCGCCCAUCGUCCCUGACCUGGCCCUGCAGAUCCGCUACCUGCGGCUCACCAUUGCCAUCCUCAGUCAUGAGAAGUCCCGCAAGUUUCUGCUUAGCCACGUCCUGUAUCCUCUCCUUGCUACUAGCUUCGACGUGCUCCGGUCCGUUGUCUUCUUUUACAUCAAGAGCCCCCUGCGUGUUGAGGAGGCUGGCCUACAGGAACUCAUCCCCACCACCUGGUGGCCCCGCCGCUCCAGCAGGGAGGGCAAAGAGAGUAAGGAGGUGAAGGACGAAACCUCCGAGGAGCGGCUCCGGCGGCGUGCCUAUGAACGGGGCUGCCAAAGGCUCAAGAAGCGCAUCGAAGUGGUGGAAGAACUACAGGUCCAGAUCCUGAAGCUGCUGUUGAACAAUCAAGAUGACAACGGGGGUGAAGCUUCUAGGUAUAUCUUCCUGACCAAGUUCCGAAAGUUUCUGCAGGAGAAUGCCAGCAGCCGGGGGAACAUGCCCAUGCUCUGCCCCCCUGAGUACAUGGUGUGCUUCUUACACCGCUUGAUCUCGGCCCUGCGUUACUACUGGGACGAAUAUAAGGCUUCGAACCCACGUGCUACCUUCAGUGAGGAGGCCUACAUCCCGCCCCAGGUGUUCUAUAAUGGCAAGGUGGACUACUUCGACCUGCAGCGCCUUGGAGGCCUCCUCUCGCACCUUCGGAAGACCCUCAAAGAUGACCUUGCCUCCAAGGCCAACAUCCUGAUCGACCCACUGGAGCUCCAGGCGGCCACCAUGGAUGACCUGGAUGAGGAUGAGGAGCCAGCCCCGGCUGCGGCCCAGCGCCCCAUGCAGGCCCUGGCCAUGGGGGGCGCGCUGCCCCUGCCUCGGCCCAGCUGGCUCAGUUCUCCAACCCUGGGCCGAGCCAACCGCUUCCUCAGCACAGCAGCUGUGAGCCUGAUGACCCCACGGCGGCCUCUGAGCACCUCAGAGAAAGUGAAGGUCCGCACGCUGAGCGCGGAGCAGAGGACCCGUGAGGACAUUGAGGGUAGCCAGUGGAAUGAGGGCCUGCUGGUGGGGCGGCCCCCCGAGGAGCCUGAGCAGCCCCUCACUGAGAACUCCCUGCUGGAAGUCCUGGACGGUGCCAUCAUGAUGUAUAAUCUCAGCGUUCACCAGCAGCUGGGCAAGAUGGUGGGAGUGUCCGAUGAUGUCAAUGAGUAUGCAAUGGCUCUGAGGGACACAGAGGACAAGCUCCGCCGGUGCCCCAAGCGGAGGAAGGACAUCCUUGCAGAGUUGACGAAGAGCCAGAAGGUUUUCUCAGAAAAGCUGGAUCACCUAAGUCGCCGUCUUGCCUGGGUCCAUGCCACCGUCUAUUCCCAGGAGAAGAUGCAGGACAUCUACUGGCUGCUGCGUGUCUGCCUGCGGACCAUUGAGCAUGGAGACCGCACAGGUCCUCUCUUUGCCUUCAUGCCCGAAUUCUACCUGAGUGUGGCCAUCAACAGCUACAGUGCUCUCAAGAAUUACUUUGGCCCUGUGCACAGCAUGGAGGAGCUCCCAGGCUAUGAAGAGACCCUGACCCGUCUGGCUGCCAUCCUUGCCAAACACUUUGCCGACACACGCAUCGUGGGCACUGAUAUCCGUGACUCGCUGAUGCAGGCCCUGGCCAGCUACGUGUGCUACCCAAACUCCCUGCGGGCCGUGGAGCGGAUCCCUGAGGAGCAGCGUAUCGCCAUGGUGAGGAGUCUCCUGGCUCCCUAUGAGCAGCGGCCCUGGGCCCAGACCAACUGGAUCCUGGUGCGGCUCUGGAGGGGCUGUGGGUUCGGGUACCGCUAUACACGGCUGCCACACCUGCUGAAAACCAAACCCGAGGACGCCAAUUUGCCCAGCCUCCAGAAGCCCUGCCCCUCCACCCUGCUGCAGCAGCACAUGGCAGACCUGUUGCGGGAGGGUCCUGACGUGGCACCCAGCUUCCUCAACAGCGUCCUCAACCAGCUCAACUGGGCCUUCUCUGAGUUUAUCGGCAUGAUCCAGGAGAUCCAGCAGGCUGCUGAACGCCUGGAGCGGAACUUUGUGGACAGCCGGCAGCUCAAGGUAUGUGCCACCUGCUUUGACCUCUCCGUCAGCCUACUGCGCGUCUUGGAGAUGACCAUCACGCUGGUGCCUGAGAUAUUCCUCGACUGGGCCCAGCCUACCUCUGAGAUGCUGCUGCGGCGUCUCGCACAGCUGCUGAACCAGGUGCUGAACCGGGUGACAGCUGAGAGGAACCUGUUUGACCGCGUGGUCACCCUGCGGCUGCCUGGCCUGGAGAGCGUGGACCACUACCCUAUUCUGGUGGCAGUGACAGGCAUCCUGGUACGACUCCUGGUGCACGGCCCAGCCUCAGGGACAGAGAGAGCCACAUCAGUGCUCCUGGCUGAUCCCUGUUUCCAGCUCCGCUCCAUAUGCUAUCUGCUGGGGCAGCCAGAGCCCCCUACCCCUGGCACUGCCCUGCCUGCCCCUGACCAGAAGCGCUUCUCCCUACAAAGCUACACAGAUUACAUCAGUGUUGAGGAACUGGCCCAGGUGGAACAGAUGCUGGCACACCUGACCUCUGCGUCUGCCCAGGCAGCAGCUGCCUCCCUGCCCACCAGUGAGGAAGACCUCUGCCCCAUCUGCUAUGCUCACCCCAUUUCUGCUGUGUUCCAGCCCUGUGGCCACAAGUCCUGCAAAGCCUGCAUCAACCAGCACCUGAUGAACAACAAGGAUUGCUUCUUCUGCAAAGCCACCAUCGUGUCUGUAGAGGACUGGGACAAGGCAGCCAGUGCAAGUGCCACUUCCUCGGCUGCCUAGGCCUACCUGGCCCACACAGCAGGAACCUCUACCCUUAAACUCAAACCCAGGCUGGGCCCUAUUUAUGAGCCCCUUGCCCUGUCCCCCACGGCCCCCCACCAUGCCCUAUUUGUGCCUGAGCUUGACUUUCAGUCAGUCAGGGCCACAGUGAGCAUUAAAUUAUUAUUCCAUACA